AUUUUUUUUAGCUUCAUUUUCCCCCUAACACUGUGACACGAUAACUCUCUCUCUCUCUCUCUCUCUCUCUCUCGCUCAAUUUCGGUCUCUUUCUUUGCCGUUUUCUGUUACCGGCGAGAAGCUCUAAGGCUGUGAAUGUGAUCAAGUAGCAGCUAUAUAUAUAUAUCUAUAUAAAUUCAUCUGAAAGGCUCUUCGUCACUUUUAUUUCACUUUUAAUUUGAUAUAUAAAUUUGCAUCUGAACAAGUUCUUGAGCAACAAACGAAAACCAAGAAAACAACUGGUGAAGUUUUUCUCUUCUUUGACUAUCACUACCUGCUCCUGCUUUUAAUCAUUACUAGGUAAGAAAUAGUUUGGCGGUUCCACCAACUCGUUCUCUCUUCCUCCGAGACCCAAAUAUGCAGGCCAGUGAUAGGUUCAAUAUCAAUUCCCAGCUUGAACAUCUACAAGCUAAAUAUGUUGGUACUGGCCAUGCCGACUUGAACAGAUUUGAAUGGGCUGUGAACAUUCAACGUGAUAGCUAUGCAUCCUAUGUUGGACAUUACCCACUUCUGGCCUACUUUGCUAUUGCUGAAAAUGAAUCCAUUGGAAGAGAACGCUACAACUUUAUGCAGAAAAUGCUUUUGCCAUGUGGGCUUCCACCCGAAAGAGAGGACGACUGAGAAAUCAAGCUAAAACAGUUCAAUCUCAGGUCUUCUUCGUGCUUUGCGGUUUCCAUUUUCAUUUCCAUAUGGGAUGUCAAUAUAUCUAUCUGUUGCACUGAAGCAAUGCUUAUAUAUGACAUUAAAUAGGAAAUUGAAUGCUGAGAUUGGUUUCUUGUUUGUGAAUUUCUUAUCAUUAGUUUAAGUAAGUCAAGAAUUAAUUUUGGAUUUUAUGUGUUUGGGAUGGAUUUUGUUUCGUCUCUUCUCUUGUUCUUCAUAUUGGAAGUAAAAACUGUUCACUUUUGGUGUAGAACUAAUAUCAUUACCAAUGAGCUAAUGAGUAGAAAAUAUCAUCAUUAACAAGCA